GGAGCCUGGGAAGUGGGGAUGACACAGAUAGCAAGUCCUAGUCAGAGCUGCCGCUACAUUUAGGAGAAACAGCGGUGCCUGCGGCUCCCACUCUCCAAGGGGGCUGGGGGGGGCAGUGUCAGGGGCAUGGACGCUACCCCCCAGGGGUCUCUGCUGCCGGCUGCUCUCCUCUCCACACGCUCCCCUCCAGGCCCCGCGCCGCCGCCGCCCGGGCCGUGACCUCCCCGCCGCGGCCACCGCCAUGGCGCAGGAGAACGCCGCCUUCUCGCCGGGGCCGGAGGAGCCUCCGCGGCGCCGCGGUCGCCAACGCUAUGUGGAGAAGGACGGCCGCUGCAACGUGCAGCAGGGCAACGUGCGCGAGACGUACCGCUACCUGACGGACCUGUUCACCACGCUCGUGGACCUGCAGUGGCGCCUGAGCCUGCUCUUCUUCGUGCUGGCCUAUGCGCUCACCUGGCUCUUCUUCGGCGCCAUCUGGUGGCUGAUCGCCUACGGCCGCGGCGACCUGGAGCACCUGGAGGACACGGCGUGGACGCCUUGCGUCAACAACCUCAACGGCUUCGUGGCUGCCUUCCUCUUCUCCAUCGAGACGGAGACCACCAUCGGUUACGGGCACCGCGUCAUCACCGACCAAUGCCCCGAGGGCAUCGUGCUGCUGCUGCUGCAGGCCAUCCUGGGCUCCAUGGUGAACGCCUUCAUGGUGGGCUGCAUGUUCGUCAAGAUCUCGCAGCCCAACAAGCGCGCCGCCACGCUCGUCUUCUCCUCGAACGCCGUGGUGUCGCUGCGCGACGGGCGCCUCUGCCUCAUGUUCCGCGUGGGCGACCUGCGCUCGUCGCACAUCGUCGAGGCCUCCAUCCGCGCCAAGCUCAUCCGCUCGCGCCAGACGCUCGAGGGCGAGUUCAUCCCGCUGCACCAGACCGACCUCAGCGUGGGCUUCGACACCGGCGACGACCGCCUCUUCCUCGUCUCGCCGCUCGUCAUCAGCCACGAGAUAGACGCCGCCAGCCCCUUCUGGGAGGCGUCGCGCCGCGCCCUCGAGAGGGAUGACUUCGAGAUCGUUGUCAUCCUCGAGGGCAUGGUGGAAGCCACGGGAAUGACAUGCCAAGCUCGGAGCUCCUACCUGGUGGACGAGGUGCUGUGGGGCCACCGCUUCACAUCCGUGCUGACCCUGGAGGAUGGCUUCUACGAGGUGGACUAUGCCAGCUUCCACGAGACCUUUGAGGUGCCCACACCCUCGUGCAGCGCCCGGGAGCUGGCUGAGGCUGCAGCCCGCCUUGAUGCCCAUCUCUACUGGUCCAUCCCCAGCCGGCUGGAUGAGAAGGUGGAGGAGGAAGGGGCGGGGGAGGGGGCGGGCGAAGGGGCGGGGGCUGACAAAGAGCAGAACGGCUGCCUGCCACCCCCAGAGAGUGAGUCCAAGGUGUGACCAGUUUCCUCCAGACCCCUGUGGCAGGGCCAGACGCAGGUACCUGGGGAUCUGGAGAGCAGAGGUAGAGAAGGAAGCAGGUAAGGUCCCUGAGACUGCACUAAAGCUGGAGCAGCCCCUCAGAAUCUCAGCUCUAGGAUCCAACACGGAAGGGAAGGAGCCUGAUGGCAGGAGAACGGAGGGUGGGAUGGAUGAACUUACCAGCCUAUCUCUGUUUGACCUUCACAUCUGUUCACCGGUGGAUGGAUGGACAGAGGGAUGGACCUCUGCAGCUCCAGUGGGAAGGUGGAAGCAGACAGAGACAGCUGGUGGGUGGAGAAAUGGGCCGACAGACAGAUGGUACCCUCAGGGCUGCCCCAACUCACAGAGCAUCUUUGUGCAAAUUCUCAAAAGGCACCCUUUUCUUCCAGACGACACCCCCUCCCCCAAACCAGGGUUUGUGGCUUGGGGAGUGGAGUGUGGGCUGAAUCUUAGGCUCCGCUCACCUCCUCGUCCAACCUCCCUGAGUACGGGGCACCCGUCUCACUGGACACAGUAGCCCAAGCUGACCCAGAGGAGAGAAAGCUGGAUGGAAGCGGCCAGAGAUGAGGAAGAUGCCCCCCCACCUCCACCCCCACCAUUGUGACAGGCUGAGAGGGAGGGUGAAAGGUGAAGAGGCAGCUGCGCAGGACGGGAACAACCUUGUCCGUGAAUACAGGGAAACAGGCUGUGGGGGAGAUGCUAGAGCUGGGGCCUGGGAAAGACAAACCAGGGAUGGCGAUUUUCUGACAGUGGCGUGAGGUCUCAGAAGUACCACUGCAGAGGCAGGAGGGAAGGGAGAGGUUCUGUGGAGGCAGAAGGGCCAGGGGAGAGAUGGAGAAAGUAAGUCCACUGGAGCUGGGAAACAGGGCUCUCAGCAAAGCAGAAUGGGUCUUUGGGCACAGAAAGACGGAGUCAUUCAGAGAGUUCGCUGGGUGCCCAUUGGAGACAGAGGGCUGUGACCUGGGCAUGUGUAGGAGGUCAGUCAGAGACCACAUGCCUGUUCUGGGAAUACAGUGCACGUGGGAAAAACAGAGAAAUAUGUUUGUGGCAAUUGUUUCAAACUGAGAACCUGGGUGAUGGCUCUGAGCAGGGGGUGGGAGGCCUUGGGAAUUGGAAAGAUAGGAAUUGGGUCAGGCCUAGAGCACUGACCUGAGCCAGCAGUCACGAACUUGGAUGGGCCUCAGGCUCACCUGGAGGGUUUGGGAGCACAGAUGGCUGAGCCCCACUCCCAGAGUUUCUGAUUCCGUAGGUCUGCAAAAACUUUGCAUUUCUUUUGUCUUUUUAGGGCACACCUGCGGCAUACGGAAGUUCCCAGGCUAGGGGUCCAAUUGAAGCUGGAGCUGGCAACCUACACCACAGCCACAGCAAUGCCAGAUCCUUAACCCAUUGGGUGAGGCCAGGAAUCAAACCGCAUCCUUGUCGAUACUCAUCAGGUUCAUGACCACUGAGGCCAUGAUGGGAACUCCCAAAACUUUGUGGUUCUGACAAGUCCCAGGUCAUGCUGACACGGCUGGAAGAGGCGCCUUGAGAAGCCCCACUCUAAACAGACUUGGAGGUCCUGCCAAGAGGUGGGGCAUCAAGCUGAGGAGCAGACGAGGCUCCUCGUGGGUGGCGAACUGUGGCAGCGGGAGGGGACCGCGAAACCCAGGCUGAAGAGUUGAUCUCUGGUCCCGGGGACUUGCCCAUCAGUGGAAAUAGGGUGCUGACAAGUUUGCAACAGUGUCUGGGGAAGAUAAGUAGGCAAGACAGAUAUGAGAGAGAAGUCGGGAGGCCUUGUGGGGGGAGGCGGGGGUGCUGGAGCAGGAAGGGCAUCAGAGGCCAAAGAUGGAAUCGCUCAUAGGACCUAAGAGGCAGGUUGCAGUGUGGCAGGAAUCAUGUGAGAGAGGAGCCAGGAGACCAAACAUCCUGCUGUGGCUGCAGCCUGCUGUCUACCCAACUUGGACAGAAGUCCCUGGAGAAGUAUUCCCUCCCUGUGGUCACCCCAGUCACCAGGGACACCCUCCCCCCACCCCCCACCCCCAAGAAUGGUGAAGGGCAAGUUGAGAAGGGGCAGAGGUAGAGGGACCCUCGGCCGGGAGAGAAGUAUAUGCACGCGCAGGCACAUCCUUCCACAGCGCUGGCCCAGCAGUGACCUCUGGUCCUUGGUCUUGGCUACACCCCACUCCUGUCCAUGAUUUUUUCGUUUUUGUCUUUUUUUUUUUUUUUUUUUUUUGUCUUUUGAGGGCCAGACAGUGGCAUAUGGUGGUUCCCAGGCUAGGGGUCUAAUCAGAGCUGUUGCUGCCGGCUUACGCCACAGCCACAGCAAUGCCAGAUCUGAGCCACAUCUGCGACCUACACCACAGCUCACGACAAUGCCAGAUCCUUAACCCACUGAGCAGGGCCAGGGAUCAAACACACAACCUCAUGGUUCCUAGUCAGAUUCGUUUCCACUGCGCCACGACAGGAACUCCUUAUCCAUGGUUUUUUUAAAUGUAAUUUUAUUUUAAUUUUUAAAUUUUUUUUGUCUUUUUAGGGCCGCACCUGUGGCAUAUGGAGGUUCCCAGGCUGGGGGUCCAAUCAGAGCUACAGCUGCCAGCCUACACCACAGCCACAGCCAUAGCAACUCAGAUCCGAGCUGCGUCUGCGACCUACACCACAGCUCACAGCAACGCAGGAUCCUUAACCCACUGAGCGGGGCCAGGGGUCAAACCCAAGUCCUCACAGAUACUAGUCGGCUUCAUUAUUGCUGAGCCACAACGGGAACUCCCCCGACUCCUGUCCUCUAAUAAAAGUCUGAGUCCCUUGGGAGAAAGCACCCCAGUGUGCUCCAUUCCAGGCUGGGAAGCUGGGAUCCUGCAGGACACCAGCUUGGGUCCACUCAGAGAGGACAUCUUUGCCUCGGGUCACAAGGUCACUUGGGUCACUAUCAGUCAAAAAUGAGGUCCCUGAAUCCUGGCACCGGCUGUUCCCAAAAGAACAAAUGUUGGCUUACAGGAUAAGGAGCGAUUUGGGUUUAAUUUGGUGAAACAGCCAGACUCUGGACAGGAGGGAAUGGGCUGUUGCUAUCAACACUCGCUCACACGGUAGUUCACCCAUUGCAAGUGAACCCCCUGCAGAGGAACUGAGCCUGGAUGGAAGGCACCAAGACCCCACCACACCACUCCUCGUCACUCAGCCACCGCUCAGGACACCACUGUGUACAGAGCCAGGAGUCUGGAGACUUGGGUUCUAAUCCUGACAUUGUCCCUAAUUAGUUCUUGGACUCUGGGCAAGUUACAUCACUUCUCUGGGUCUCAGUUUCCCCAUCUGUAAAAACAACGCUUAGCAAACUAGUAAUGUUCAAUAAAUGUUUAAAUAACUGAAUU